GGUGGCAACCACCCACCUCUGAUGAUGUCCUAUGGCUGGCUCUGUGCCGCCCCCCAAUGUGGGGGUCUCCUUGCAAUUUCUGGCCCCGAUGCUCCUAAUCCUGGCCCACUUUGGGGUCCCCCGGCAAGCAGAGGGCUGCCUGCAUUGCGGGGCCGAGUUCAAGAACCUGCGGGCCCGCUACGUCCGCCUCUGCGCCCAGUUCCAGAAGCAACACCCCCGGGCCAACUGCACCAAAUACCCCUGGGGAAGGAAGGCCGUCCAAGGCUUCGCUUUAGAUGAGGCCUCCCUGGAUAUUUUACUGGAAAAAACGCACCGGGUCUUUAGAGUUAUUGAAAUAAACCAAAGUCUCGUUGACUUUCCAAGGUUUUGGAAUUGGCUGCACGAAAUCAAAUUGCCGGAGAAGAGCAGAGAAGCUCUGUGUCCUCCUACUUGCCAGGCAUCCACCUCCAUCUUCAACUGCUCCACCUGUCGCCGGGCGGAAAUACCUUGCUGGGAUUCGAAAACCUGCUACCCACAGCGAAAAGGCCUGAUCAGGGUGGUCAUGAUCGUGGGAUCCGUUUCCGCUUCCUGCUUUGUCCUCGGAUUGGUUUCAUGCGCUUUGGAGUUUUGGCUCCGUCCGGAGAUCAGGACGCAAUGAUCGCCUGAACAAGACAAAUCCUGCAACAAAAGCAGCCGAGAGAAUGUCCUUCUUUGGCCAAAAUAUGCAAGGAAAGCAUACGAGAGGCAGUGGUCAGUUCCGUAAUCCCCGUGUAUAAUAGACUUUCAGUUAACCGGCCAAAAAUAAUAGAAGAAAUAAUACUGUAAAUAAUAAAUACUUUAAAUAAAAUAAAAUCAAUUUUAACUGCAAUUAAAACUAAAAUUGCAUACGAGAGAUUGCUUUGAAAGAGAGUGUAAAGAGCUAAUAACGACUGCCACCAAUUUGUAAAGAUGCAACCACCAAAGACUCAGGGAGGAGACCUUUUACUUUUUUUCUUUCUUCUUCUUAUUCACAUUAGAUGGCAGCGUAACUUGGUUUAGAAUAUAUGCAACAGAGGCUUAGAUGUUGGAAGAACAAUAACAAAUUUAUUCAGGCACAGAGUUUAGUGGUUACAAUGUUGUUUCUCACUUAGAGGUAUUCUUAUUAACAGUUACAAUU